UUUCAAUCGAAAACACAAAUACGGGACGCAUAAUCCAAAAUCAGUGUUGCGAUAAAGUCAGAAAAAUAAGGGGGCAAUUAAGUCAUCAUCGGACGUUAUUCGUAGGAAAAAGUGCACACGUUCGUCUGGAAGUAAAAUGGGCUAUUGUUUCUGCCAUUGAGAGGAUUGCUGACCGCAAAAACUCCAGCACUGCUUUGCCUCUUGUCACAUAAAAAUGAAUGCAUUUCCAGAAGGGUAACUGACAGUAAAGGAGACAAUGGGAAAUUCAUAUGCUGGACAAAUGAAAUCUGCACGUUUUGAAGAGGCUCUUCACAAUUCAAUAGAAGCAUCACUUCGAUCCAGCAGUAUUUCUCCUCAACCAAUCUUCUCUCAACUCUACCUUGAAUCAGAUCAACCACCUCUGUCCCCUGAAGAUGUCAAACCAAAGAUAGAGGAACUUGAUAAAGAAAUUGAAGUCCAUCGUUAUACACAGAGCAGCUCUUCUGGAUUCCCAGCUAUACAAGUUGGCAAUGGACUAGAUAAUGAGGAGGAGGAGGAAGAAGAGGAAAUGUCUGAGUCAAACAGCCCACCUAUUGCCUACAUGCAGAAACAUGCUCCAGAGGGAUCCUGCACAACUGAUGGUUUCUGCCAGGCUGGCAAAGACCUGCGCUUGGUAUCACUGUCCGCAGAACAGAUUGACAUUCCACCAGGUUUUGUGCUGGUAGGAGCCAAGUCUCCAAAUCUUCCUGAGCACAUUCUGAUUUGUGCAGUAGAUAAACGAUUCCUGCCAGAUGACAAUGGAAAGAAUGCACUUUUAGGUUUCUCGGGAAACUGCAUAGGCUGUGGGGAGAAAGGAUUCCGGUACUUCACUGAGUUUUCCAAUCACAUCAACUUAAAGCUGACAACCCAGCCGAAGAAGCAGAAGCACUUAAAAUAUUACCUCGUUAAAAACUCGCAGGGUGUUUUCUCAAAGGGACCAUUAAUUUGCUGGAAAGAAUGCCGAACUCGUCAGUUGCCUAGCAGUUAUUCAUCUGCACUACCUUCAGCCAAGACAGUUGCUGCAGUCAUCGGUUCUACAUCACCUUCACCAAAUGUAGACACAGUCUCAUCCAGUGUUUGCAGUACCACGGUUGCCAGCUGUCAGACAGAAUCAACAUUCAGUCAUGGUUCAGCAGCAUCUUCUGCCAGUUUUUCUGGAUGUCAGGACCUGUCCAGGAGUGGAAAUGUAGCAAAACCUCUUGCCAUAGCUGCACAACAACUUGUGAAGCCUCCAACUACAGCUCCUUGCCCAAAUAACCAGUCAUCUGGAUCUGUGCGAGUUAAUGGUAAUAGUAAUGGCAAUGGUGGGAAAUCCAACGUUUUCAACGCUUCUUUGUCUCGACCUCAACCUCUUUCAACUUCAUCAAGUCCUGGCUUGAUGACAGGAGAAAACAGCAUUAUGACAAGCUCUGGACCACCUAAGAAGCGUCAUCGUGGCUGGUCUCCAGGUUCCCCCAUUGCUGUGCCCACAGUAGUCCCUGUUCCAGUUGUGAGACCAGUGAUGAGAUCUGAUGCUGUACUACCUGUGCCUGUUAUUCAGUCAAUGCCACCUGGAGUUUUGCAGCCACAAGCAAUCCCCGCAGGGGAAACUGUAAUCAUCCCUGAAAAUUUAUUAAAUAACUCUGGAGUGAGACCUGUUAUUCUGAUAGGUUAUGGUGCUUUACCAUAUUUUUAUGGCAAUGUUGGUGAUAUUGUAGUAAGUCCUCUACUUGUGAAUUGUUACAAGUUUCCACAGCUGACUUCAGCUGAGCUGGAACAGCUGGGGGUUUCCAACAGCCAGAUCCUAACAGUGGAAAAUAUGAUCCUCUUAACAAUACAAUAUCUGAUUCAUCUAGGUCCAGACCAAAUGCCUCUCAGGGAAGAAUUUGAACAGAUUAUGUUGAAAGCUAUACAGGACUCAAGCCUCAAAGACAGAUCCCUGCAACUGGGAGGCCCUUCUUCCACUGUGUCUCCAGGACAGUUACCCUGGCUUGCACGGCUUGCUGCCAGUGUUUCAAGAGAUUUGGUGCAAGUUGUUUUUUCCCAGAAUUCUCUGGCAGAAGGCAUUUCAGAAACUUUAAGAACAUUUGGUGAUGUACAUCUUCAACAGAAAGUACCUAACUAUGUGGUAGUCAUUUGUACAUCAAAGAUCAGAGGCAAUGAAUUUUGUGUGGUGGUUUUAGGUCACUAUCAAUCCAGAGUGUUGGCAGAGAGUAUGCUCACCACAACUGAGUUUCUGAAGGAAAUCAGUUAUGAGUUGAUUACAGGAAAAGUCAGCAUUUUGGCAUCCCAUUUUAAAACCUCUCCUUUUGGAGAUAACUUGGACAAAUUUCUGGAUAAAUUUCAGCAAAAUAGAAAUGAUAAUGUUGCUAUUCCAUUCAAUGGAAACGUUUCUGAGUAUAUUCCAUCUGAUGAGGCUGCAGCAAUGACGUCAAAGCAAAGUGUUGAUUCAUUUACCGAAGUGUUCCAGAUUCAUCUGCCUCAACUCACUGUCGCUCGUAAGCUGUUGUCUCAAGUUUGUGCUAUAGCGGACUCUGGAAUGCAAAACCUAGAUCUGGGGCGCUUUGCAAAAGUUGACUUCACCAUCUUAGUUCCUCCAUCGGAAGUUCUCUUCCACCAGACUUUGCAACAUAUUCGACAUUCAGGAGUACUUGUAGAUCUAGGUCUUGAGGAAAGUAAUAUAGCUGACCAAAGGGCUGAGAAAUAUAUUAUCCGACUAGACCAUGACGUUCAGAACAAGUUUGAGGCUUUCAUGAAAAAGGUCAAACAGAAUCCAUAUACACUCUUUGUUCUUAUUCAUGACAACUCUCAUGUUGAUCUUACUAGUCUUGUUUCAGGCUCCACAACUCAUGGGGAAUCCAGCCAGAGUCUGUCAGAUAAGUUUAUUAAUUCACGUGAGGCACUUGAGGCAUGCAACUUACUUAUGUUGCAGGUCAGCUCCUUUCCUUUCACUCUACAGACACAACAGUCCCGUGUUAGCUCAUACAAUGAAGUACACUGGAUACUCUCCAGCAAUCCUGAGGAGCUCAGCAAUGAGGAGUUGGUGUACUUUGGUUUGUCCGAUUACAGCAAGUCUUUACAAUGGGGCAUUACAAGCCCAAUCCUAAGAUGUGAUGAGGCUUUUGAAAGAAUGGUGAAUACUUUGAUGGAAAGGUAUCCCAGAUUGCACAGUAUGGUGAUCCGAUGCUACCUGCUAAUUCAGCAGUAUGCUGAAGCCAUGAUGGCUGUAACAUCAAUGAAUUUGCUGAGAGAGCACACCACUCCUGAGACUCUGAGUAUUAUGGAUGACUUGAUCAGUUGUCCUGGGAAAGAUGAAAUUGGCCGUGGACAUAUGCUUUUGAUACGAGUUCCAUCAGUGCAGCUGGCAAUGCUCGCCAAGGAGCGACUUCAGGAUGUUCGAGAUAAGCUUGGCUUGCAGUAUCGGUUUGAAGUACUUCUGGGCAAUCCUGCUGGGGAACUCAGUGUUGCCAAGCACUUUGUUACACGAAUGAAGGAAUGGAGAGGGUGUGAGCAGGACGAAUGGACCCCACUUACGUAUCAGGAUCUGGAAGGUCUACCAUGUAUUGUCAUUUUAACUGGUAAAGAUCCACUUGGGGAAUCAUUUCCACGGUCCAUGAAGUACUGUGAUCUUAGGCUAAUCGACUCCAGCUACCUUACACGAACAACCCUUGAGCAAGAGAUAGGCCUUGCUUGUGGCUAUGUUUCUAAAAGUGCUGUCAGAGAAACUAUGGCAAUUUUUGAACAAACAGAAAAGGAGCAAGAGAAAGUUUUUAUCAGUGAGAAUGAAUCUGAUGAAUUGCAGAUUGAUCUAGAGAGACCACAAAGCAACAGCAGUGCAGUCACUGGAACCUCAGGUUCCUUAGCAGAGAAUGGAGUGAGCUCUUCCAGUGCUCUUGACUCAUCACAGAGGCCUGCUUCAUCUCUUAGCUUCCAGAACAUUGUGAACAGUUCAAUUGAUGAAGGCACUUCAAUGUAUACCUCGCACAUCUCAACCAGUGUUGGCAGUGAGGGCUGCAAGCAGGAAAGUGACGUGGAAGGGAAGGAAACUGCAAGCAGCACAGUUUCAAAAUCAUCCUCAUCAUCUGGGAAUUCCCGGCAAUCUAUUCUAGCCAACAAGGACCUAAGAACUCCGCACCUCAUUUUUCCAAGGACUGUAAUUUUAUCAAAGCCAGUGUAUCACCUCCUUGGCUCAGCAAGAAAUGAACACCUAUGCUCUGCCUCUCUGUUGCCCCAUGCUGAUAUGACUUGGACUAGCCCACUGAGAUCACUAUUUCACAAGGACUUGAGCAGUGAAGAACAGUCACUUUACUAUAGACAGUGGACAAUUCCCAGGCAACAUCAUGCAGACUAUAGCAAUAAAAGUGAAGGAAGUUCUGGAAACUUCCACCCACGCCGGUUGUUAUUGACCGGACCUCCACAGGUUGGAAAGACUGGUGCAUACUUGCAGUUCCUUAGAAUUCUUUUUCGUAUGCUAAUAAGACUAUUAGAGGUUGAUGUAUACAAUGAAGAAGAAAUUAACGAAGACAUGAAAGAGGCAAAUGAGCAUGCGCAGGGAAUUAAUGCACAAUGGCCUGAUAUUGAACUCUUCAGUAAAAUGAUCUUUGACUACACAGUACAUGAUCCAAAGUAUCGCCACAUCAGUUCUGUCUACUCAGAAAAGUUGCCAAAGGUUAAGCUAGAAAGUGGUAAAAAUCGGAGCCCAAGCGAAGGAUCAGCAAAACAAGAGACUGUUUCUAUUAUGUUAACUAAAUACGCUGCAUACAACACAUUCCACCAUUGUGAGCACUGCCAUCACUAUGUUGAGUUCAACCCUGCCACACAGGUGUCUGAUUCUACACUACAUGCAUUUACAUUUUCUUCCUCCAUGCUGGGAGAGGAAGUGCAGCUUCACUUUAUUAUUCCAAAGUCAAAGGAGCAGUAUUUUAUCUUCAGUAAGCAGGGUAAACAUCUGGAGAGCAUGCGUCUACCUCUUGUCACAGAUAAGAAUCCAAAGUUAGUGAAGAGUCCUAUCUUUACACCAACUACAGGACGGCAUGAGCAUGGUCUUCUGAACCUCUACCAUGCCAUAGAGGGUGCAAAUCACCUUCAUAUCCUUGUGGUUAAAGAGUUUGAAAUGCCACUCUAUCGAAAAUACUGGCCCAACCACAUUAUGUUGGUAUUACCGGGCAUGUUCAAUGGUGCAGGGGUUGGUGCUGCCCACUUUCUGAUCAAAGAGCUUUCAUACCACAACUUAGAGUUGGAAAGAAAUCGCCAAGAAGAGAUAGGUGUCAAGCGGCAGUGCGUGUGGCCAUUUAUACUUGUCAUGGAUGACUCUUGUGUCCUUUGGAAUGUUCACAAUGUGCAGGAAUUGAGCAGUGAAACAAAAGAACCUACAGUUUCCACAAAGAAUGUUUCCUUAAAGUUCGUAAUGCAGCACAUUGAAGCCACACCAAAGAUUACUCAUUAUGCACUCUGUGGGAUUCAAAAGUGGAGCAGCAAACUGAAUGCUGGAAAACUGAGGACACCAUUCUCUCGCUGCCACAUACAUGACUUUAUAUUCCUCAAUGUCGAUCUGACACAAAAUGUACAGUAUGAUCUGAACAGAUAUACCUGUGAAGAUAUUGACUUCAACCUACGGACAAAUAGUAGUGGUUUACUCCUUUGUCGUUUCAAUCACUUCAGUCUCAUGAAGAAAUGCAUUCAGGUUGGAGGACACAAAGAUUUUGUUAUAAAGCCUAAAAUUAUGGUGAGCGAAAGCCUCAAUAUGAUUUCAGCCUCACAGUAUGUCUGUGCUCCAGACAGUGAAAGCACAAUGCUGGCUGCUCCUGCCCAGUUUCUCCUGGAGAAAUUCCUGCAACACACUAGUUACAAACUCUUUCCGAAAGCUGUACACAACAGUAAGAAUCCGGUGCUGUCCAUUGACUGUUACAUGAACCUGGGUCCUGAGAUUUCUGUGUGUUACGUAAGUUCGCGACCUCACUCAAUUAACAUAAAAUCUGAGGAGGUGUUGUUCAGUGGACUUCUACUCUACCUCUGUGACUCAUUUGUUGUUGCUGACUUCCUCAAGAAAUUCAUGUUUCUUAAAGCUGCCACACUUUGUGUGAUUUGUCAAGACCGAAGUUCAUUACGUCAAACUAUCGUCCGUCUAGAAUUGGAAGAUGAAUGGCAGUUCCGCCUGCGUGACGAGUUUCAGACAGCCAACAGCAGUGAUGAUAAACCACUUUAUUUUCUCACUGGAAGGCAUAUUUAAGUUCACUUCAGAUGACAAGAAAUAGCAGGCGAAGGUGAUGGGUGGCACAAGUAUGAUAGAGCACAAUCUAUAAUUCCAGGAGAAGGGUGAAGUGGCACAUCUGAGUAGAAACAAAAUUGGUAAUUUUUUGGUUACCUGACCAAGGUCACUUUAUCAACCAUUUACAUCAGAACAGGGACAGUGUGCUCAGUGUGUAAGAAGGAUCUAUAACCCAAGAUCAGUUUCUUCGGUAACUCCAGAAGGGAGUUUAGUGUGCGAUAUGCAAGAAAAAUGGCAUUACAUACAGCAUGAUAUAAUGGAGCUAUUCAACGUUGCAGAAAAAGGCAGUGUGAGCUGCAGAAUGUAUUUUUUUCUUUAGAACCAGUCAAACCUAUAAUUCCAAAACAUGUCAAAAAUAGACCUGGAUCAAAAAAUAAAGUGAACUACUGUCAACAGAAAGACUUCUCUGAAGGAACGGAACAGAAGCAGUGGAGCAAAAGCAAUUGAAGUUUGUACAUUGAGAUUCUCCAAUGUCACUAUUCUUACUGUACAUAAUUACAGUUAAGCUCAGGGUUUUGCAAAUAGGUGACAAGGGAGAAGAGUUGUCCAUAAUCAUAUCACAUACUAACUAUUCCUGUUUUUUUGUGUGGGUUUUGUAGUGUAUGUUUUCACGCUUAUUUGGAGUAGUUCCUAACCUGGCAAUUUUUUUAAGCAAGCUCUCAUUAUCUUUUAGACAUUUUAAUCUAAAUACUAGGGGAAAUGCAAAGUGUAGUUACAUGAUGCUUUCAGUGGGACGAUUGCUGAUUUUUUUUUAAUGGCAAUAUAUCCAGAAACAUUUUCCCACCAUAGACAUUACAGGCCUUUGUUAAUCUUUAAUUUCACAUCACCUAAUUGUCUGUCUUGUCUCAUGUAUCUGUAUCACACAAGUAGGUGCAUGCUUGUAUUUACACUCACAUCGUUGUGUUCAUUAGUUCCUGUUUUCAUACAACUGAUUACCCUCAGGCAUUGAAUCCGAUUUUGGAAAGUAGAAUACGCGGACUUGACUCUCAAAGCCACUACUGUUAAAGAUGGUUUAAAUUUAAUGGUGGAUGAUGGAGACCAUGUGCUUUUUGGUUUUCUUAUGUAUGGUAUAUGUGAAAAGAGUAAAUGUGAACAAAUAUCACACAUCUAAUGAUUUCUUGAUUUGUGCCUGUAAUGUAUUUUUUUAUUUUUUUUAUUUUUAAAGAGAUAACCCGUGGGGAAAACAAAUGUAACAUUGGUUUAGUUGUAAUUCUUUUACUGAGCUACUUCAUAACUUUUUGACCUUUUUUUUAUAUAUAUACACAUCUACAGCAGUCUGUUUGCAAGGAAUGCAAUGAUAAGCUCAGUGGUAACUAAAAAAGGUGUAAAAAAUAGUAAUUGUAUAAAAAUGUGAAAUUAUCCUAGCCCCUACCCUAGCAUCCUUCCCCAGUCAACAGGAUUUUAAAAUUAUAAUGUAAAGUUGGUCUUAUAGUCUUUCUAAAGAUGUGAUUAUUUGGCCUGCAACCACUUUUGAUCCAAGUUUGAAAAAAAAAUUGACAAAUGGAGAAAAAUAAAAUCCUGUUUUAAGGACAUUUUUCAGUUGUAAUUUAAGAUUGAACUUCAGGCUGAACAGCCACAGGCCUGUCAACAGCAAUGUAUCUGUGAUCUGAUAUCAAAUGUGAGCAUGGGAAUUGCAAAUGAAUGAACAUACAUUCUUUUGUUUGCCUUCUCACUAAUAACUAAAUCAAACUAUUACUGUAAAUACUAAUUAAAAAUGAACAAGAUUCAUCUUUUAUCUUACAGGGUAGUUCUCUUCCUCCCCAACUCCACUCCUCCCUGUGCUUGCACUGUACACAAUUUUCAGAACAAUAACAGUGGGUGAAUAAACCCUCUAUUCACCCACUGUUAUGCGAGCUUUAUACAAAAGGGGCUUAUGGGUUUUAAAGGUAUCCCAGGAUAUUAUUGUGAGAUGAAUUAUGGAAACAUGAAGGGCAAGUCUUAUUGUCACAGAUCUCAGGUAGCUUUGUAUCACAUGAAUGUAUUGCAGAAGUUCAAAUUCCACUGACAGGAUCGAGUGCCACGUUUUGCAUACUAUGAUCUAGACUAGAAGUAGCUAAAUAAAAUUAUAGACCUCUCCAUCCUGGUAUUAAUUUGUAUGCCUCUUUCUCAAUCUGUCACAUUCCAUUUAAUCAGUACAUUUUGCUGUGAUUGGAAUUCUGCUGUAGCAUUACACCCAGUCCUGUCAAUGAACUUUGUGCAUUUUUAUGACUGAAUGUACGCUGUUAGUUGCAACGCCAUUCUAAAUGUACUUUUAAAUUUUAGUGCUCAAGAAAAAUGCACCUGCAUUUUCUCUACUCCUCACACCAUGAAAAUACUACACCAAGUAAUUGAAAGACUGGAAACUCAAAAUUCAGGCUGGAGUGAUAACUUUCAGUUCUAGGUCCCCUGCAAAAUUGUUCCCACAGUCUGCGACUGUUUUCUCAGCCAAGGUAAUUUUGUACAAUUUGUAGUGGAUAUGAAACAUGCAAAAUAAUGCAUUUUACACAUGACACAGCCAAAUUGGAAUGUGUUUCAGGCAACUAAUCAGUGUGGAGUGUAUUUUUCUAUUUUCCUUUCAUUUACAUUUAUAUUGAACGUGUAUUGGCUAAUUUCCAACAAUGGAUUAUCUCCACAAAACUGUUCUAUGCCACAGACUGCAGCCCCUGUCUCUGUUACUUUAAUUCUGAAUAAAAUGUAAGAGAUCUGUGUAACACCAAAGAUUACACUCUUUAAUUAUAGAGUCAGCAGCAUUUAGUCAUACAGCAUGGAAACAGGCCCUUUGGCCCGAUUCAUCCAUGCUGAGUGAGGUGCCCACUAAUGCUAAUCCCAUUCUCCUGCAUUUGGCCCAUAUCCCCCUAUUCCUUUCCUAUCCAUGUACCUGUCCAAAUUCUUAAACACUAUGAUUAUACCUACCUCUACCACCUCCUCUGACAGCUUGUUCCAUAUAUGCACCACCCUAUGUGUGGAAAAACUUGUCCCUCAGAUCUCCUUUAAAUACUUCUCCUCUCACCUCAAACCUAUGUCCUCUAGUUUUUGUCAGACUCCCCCUACCCUUGGUAAAAGGUCAUCUACCCUAUUUAUGCCCUUCAUAAUUUUAUAAACUUAUACAAGGUCACCUCUCAGCCUUCUGUACUCCAGAGAACAAUCCCAGCCUAUCCUGUCUCUCCUUAUAACUAAUACCCUCCAUUCCAGGGAACACCCAGUGAAUCUCUUAUGCACUUUCUCUACUGCAACAGCAUAGUUCCUGUAGUGUGGCAACCAGAAUCAUAUGCAAUAGCUGUGGUCUAACCAAUGCCUUGUACAGCUGCAAUAUGUCCCAACUCAAUUCCCCUGCAUAUGAAGGCAAGCAAGCUAAAUACCUUCUUCACUACCCCAUCCACUAGUGUCACCAUUUUCAGAGAGCUAUGAACUUGCAUCCCUCUAUUCUAUCACCAAGCCAAUUUUCAAUUAUUUGCUAAUUGCUGGAUCCCACGUGCCUCAACUUUCUGGACCAGCCUACUAUGUGGAACCUUGUCAAAAGCUUUGCUAAAAGUCCAUGUUUACCACCUUGUCUUCAUCAAUUUUCUUAAUAACUUCUUCAAAAAUCUCAAAUCAGAUUGGAGAGGCAGGAUUUCCCAUGCAUAAAACCGUGCUAACUCCCCCCUAAUCAGGCCCUGCCUUUCUAAGUGAUCAUAAAUCCCAUCCGUAAGAAUUAUUUUCCAAUAGUUUCCCUACUAUGCAAGACUCACAGGCCUUCUUGAAUAUGGGAACAUUAGCUACCCUUUCGGACCUCACCCGCGGCUAAAGAUGCAAAAAAAUCUCCAUAAGUGCCCCAGCAGUCUCCUUCCUUGCUUCCCUUAACACACUAGGAUAGAUCCAUCCUUCCCAUUUCUUACAAAGUGUCAGAAAUAAGAUCCAAUAACUUUGGUGCUUAAUACAAGGGCAGUUAGCUAUUAUAUUUUUACUUUGGUGCUUAAUACAAGGGCAGUUCGCUAUUAGUGGCCUUAUCUACCUGGUACACACUAUAAAUAUAGAGAGUGCAGCAGCCACACCAGUGCAGGAGAUUCGGUUUCCAUGGCAAUAACCUGGUGCACUGACAGAAGGCUGUGCAAACCUGGAUUUGUGAAUUAUUUUUCCAUUGCAACGGUGCCCCAUAACACUUCCACAUGCUAGGGGCAAUGAUGAAAAGACAAUCAUUUGCAUGCUUUAGUAUGGUCAGAUUUUGUAGGAGUUUUGAAAUGUACAAAGUGGUUUGAAUUGUAAUUCUGUAGAUAAACCAUACAAAUCAACAGUCAUAAAUAGAUCAAUGAAAUAGGCUUCUCUCUCUCAAACAUAUAUUUUCCAAUAUGGCUCCUGCAUCUCAUCCCCAAAUUAGGAAAGAUAUAUGACAGCAAGAUUUUGUUGGCUUUAGACUUGUACCACAUCCUUGAGGAAAGUAUUUUUCACAAUUGAUCAGAUUUAUCAAACCACAUUGGAGUUACUUAUCUUGAGAUCAAACCAAUAUGCUGUCCAUUCAUGCACAAUAAUACCUUUCUCAAAACACUUUUGGAUGCAGCUAAAUAACUAAGUAUUAUUUGCACAAGGAGUGCCAUUUAAAACCAUUAAUCUGUUCUUUACAAUUUGCUUCUAUUCAUGCUACUCGGCAACUCAAAACCCAAAUAGUGAAAUUGAUAUUUCAGGAGAAUAUCAUCCAAAAAGUUUUCAACAACACUCCAGCUUCCAAACAUUGAGCUUUUUAGUAACCCUUUUAAGAAGCAUCAGCACCAAGUAUCUUUUGGCCACUUCAGGCAACACCAGUUGGCCAUCACGAGAGAGGUUAAAGUGUAUUUAAACAAGUUUUAAGUAUCUAGUUCAGUGAUCUUUUUAACAUGACACCCACAUUAAAGACCAUGGUGUGAUUUAUCUGCAUCCAAGCAUUUUUACCCUUAGCAGAUUCACUGUAAUGAAGUAUAUAUUCAAUGUCAAGUUCUUACAUAAAAAUCAUAAUUGAUACAUUGAUUAUAUAAUGGUCAACUUGUGGCAGUCAUUGAUUAGAGAAAGAUUACAUUGCACUAUUGAAACCUCACCUGAGCAGAACAGCAGUUUUACACUUGCUCAUUUUACUGCAUUAAUAGUCACUCGUCUUUGUUAUCCCAGCUUGAGGUCUCCAACCCACAUCCUUAUCUCUAUGGAAUGGUUUUGUACUUUCCCAAGUCCUCUAAAAUAGAUUGGGAUUUGACGUAAAUAUUACAAUUGAGGAUUUCCAGACAGGGUUGCUUCCCCUCUCUGUCCAUCUUACCACUGUUCAAAUGCCAUUGUACCUUAACACCAUCUUACAGCCGACAUCUGUCUUAGUGUCUUGAAUAACAAAAGCAUCAUGUUACCACAGUAGAGAAUACAUGCAAAAAUCACAUCUUCCUUCAGGAUCAACAAUUACCAUAUUUCUUUAUAUUAGUUGAGCAGAGCUAUAUUGAGUAUUACAGAUACAAAUAUGAAAACACACAUUUGAAGAACUAGUGCAAGUUGGAAAGAAAAGUCCCACUCCAGCCUGAAUAUUCAUUUUAGGCAACCUAUUAAUUUUCCCAGUUCAUUUCAAUAUUUUACUUAAUACUGUGUAGGAUAGCUACAUUCAAAAAUAGCAGUACUGCACCUGAAGGUGAGUAUUUUUUGUUGCAUGUAAACAAGUAGUUGAUUUAAUAUAAAAUCUAGUAUUAGACAAGCUCUAGAAUAUGAACGACUUAACUGUGAAGUUUAAAUUAUGCAAUGGCUUUUGGUAACUCAAUAGGAUGUUUUAUCUAAUUGCUGCUUAUCUUUAUUAAUUCUGAUUUUAAUUACUUUUUGGAUCCCUAAAUAUGGUGAAUUUUGUUUUGCUAACCAAAUCUACCUCAAGUUUCAACAUUUGUACAAUGUUUAUGUUAAAUUGUCUUACUGAAAUCGUGGUUCCAGUUUGUUUUGAAUGUGUUAGUUUACUUUGAAUGUAUUAAAUUACAUUUAAACUGGAAAAAA